AUGAUGACUCGUCCACGGCAGGUUUUCAAGAUCUUACAGGACAUGAAGAACCCGGUCAUGGCGUCCGAGAAGGGCUUGUACGUCUUCGAGAUAGGCUCUGGAACUGGCGGAACUUCAUCCUUCGUCCUGCCGGUGCUGAACCCACACAGUUCGAGGUACGUGUUCAGCGAUCUCUCGCAAGCCUUCCUCACGAACGCCCGGGCGCGAUUCUCAAGGUUCUCGUUCAUAGAGUAUUCCAUCUUCAAUGGCGACAAGCACCCCGGGGAUCAGGGCUUCAACAGCCAUGAGAUUAGCGCCAUCCUGGCCACCAACGUGAUCCAUGCCACGAUGCACCUGGCCUCCACCAUGGCUACCAUCCACGUGCUGCUGCGGCCAGGGGGGCACAUCGUCUUCAACGAGGUGCAGAAUCCAGGCACCCUCGGCGAGGACCUCACCUACGGCCUAACGGAUGGAUGGUGGAUGCUGACGGACACAGAGAGGCGGGUCACAUAUCCCCUGCUUCGAGUAGCGGAGUGGUCGACCCUCUUCACACAGUGUGGCUUCAAGAACGUGUGGCACACGCCCGAUGAGGGCCAUAUCUUCAGCCAGCAAGCCAUCCUCGUCGCGCAGUGUGGAACCUUAGUGAAGCCCACCUACCUCAGCCCGGAGCCACUAGUCCGGGCCGAUCCCAACGCGUCCUACCUGAUCACGGGGGCGGUGGGCGGGUUGGGCUUGAUCACUGCCCUGAUCCUCCUGGAGUGGGGUGCUCGGCAUCUCUUCUUCGUGUCACGGCGAGAUAAGGUGCCGGAUGAGGCGAUGGUGUACUACGCACAGAUCGAGAAGUCCAGUGCCCACAUCCGCCGCGAGAAGUGCAACGUAGCCGACCCCACGCAGAUCGCGCGGCUCUUUGAGGAAACCCCCGAGUGGCCGGCCUGCGCUGGUGUAGUUCACGCUGCCGGAGUUCUCUCAGACGGCACCAUCACCAAGCAGACUCGGGCCAAGUACGAGGAGGUCUUUGGUCCUAAGCUCCACGGAUGCUACUACCUGCAUCGCAGCAGAGGCUAUGGCCUGCAAAAGGUACAGGUGAACUUUGUGAUGUCAUCCAUGGCUGGGUUUGGUGGGAGCCCUGGCCAGAGCAACCACUCCUGUGGCAACACGGGCAUCGAGGCGGUCGUGGACUUUGAUCGCAAGAUGGGCCUGGCUGGCUCCUCCAUCGCCUGGGGCGCUGUUGCAGAAGUGGGUUACGCAGCGAGACACUCACUCGCCGACCACGCCGGCGCCGUCCGCUUCGAGCAUGCCUGGGCGUGCAUCGAGGCGGUGCUGUACAGACCCUACCUGAAUGUUGGCAUUCAGCCGCAGGCUUGGGAGGCCGGCAAGGGGGCGAUGGCCAUGAAGGCGCUCAUCUACGCCGGUCUGGCCGGCCGCUUCAAGAAGAUGGGAUUCCGGAGGCCAAAGGCAGCUGUCGAGGCGCCUGCGGAGGGAGGUGGUCAGGAGAUGGUCCAGGUCGAUGAGAGGGCAGCGGAGAUGCCGAUGGAAAUGCAAGGCCCCGCGCCAGUGCAAGCGAAAGAGCCUGAGGAGGUCAGCGAGCUGCGGAUGGCGGAGCAGCGGGUAAUGGAGACCGUGAAGAAGAUCCACCGUGCCUGGCAGGCUGGCAAGGUGAACGGCAACAAUGCCCCUAUUCUUGCGGGAGGAGCACUCGAGUUGGAGAACCAUGGGCACCAGGAGAAGGACAUGGACAAGCUGGCCCUGGCACCACUAGGUCAGCAGGAGGACCUCGAGUGCAUCAAUUGUGCGGAGAUGAUGUCCUUCCGAGUGGCCUUCUUUGCAGCCCUGAUGGCCGUGGUAGCCCUUGUGUUGCAGGGUUGUUCGGACAGCACGGACGACGUUGUGGCCGACAGCAACACGACUACCACGACCCUUGAAGAGAAGAACGAGUCUGCUGCGGAGGGCAACGCCACGACCACGCCAGUCACAGACAACAACGCCACGACGACGGUGACUACGACUGUCGCGGAGGGCAAUUCAACCACGACCUCGCAGGAGAGCACCACAACGACAUCAACUACGGAGGCAGCAGCGGAGGAAGCAAACGCGACCAACACCUCCAACGCGACGAAUGGUCUGCUGGUACUUGUGAAGCGAUUCCCUCACAUCUUCGUGAUGAUGUCCUUCCGAGUGGCCUUCUUUGCAGCCCUGAUGGCCGUGGUAGCCCUUGUGUUGCAGGGUUGUUCGGACAGCACGGACGACGUUGUGGCCGACAGCAACACGACUACCACGACCCUUGAAGAGAAGAACGAGUCUGCUGCGGAGGGCAACGCCACGACCACGCCAGUCACAGACAACAACGCCACGACGACGGUGACUACGACUGUCGCGGAGGGCAAUUCAACCACGACCUCGCAGGAGAGCACCACAACGACAUCAACUACGGAGGCAGCAGCGGAGGAAGCAAACGCGACCAACACCUCCAACGCGACGAAUGGUCUGCUGGUACUUGUGAAGCGAUUCCCUCACAUCUUCGUGAUGAUGUCCUUCCGAGUGGCCUUCUUUGCAGCCCUGAUGGCCGUGGUAGCCCUUGUGUUGCAGGGUUGUUCGGACAGCACGGACGACGUUGUGGCCGACAGCAACACCACUACCACGACCCUUGAAGAGACGAACGAGUCUGCUGCGGAGGGAAAUGCCACUACGACGCCAGUCGCAGACAACAACGCCACGACGACGGUGACUACGACUGUCGCGGAGGGCAAUUCAACCACGACCUCGCAGGAGAGCACCACAACGACAUCAACUACGGAGGCAGCAGCGGAGGAAGCAAACGCGACCAACACCUCCAACGCGACGAAUGGUCUGCUGGUACUUGUGAAGCGAUUCCCUCACAUCUUCGUGAUGAUGUCCUUCCGAGUGGCCUUCUUUGCAGCCCUGAUGGCCGUGGUAGCCCUUGUGUUGCAGGGUUGUUCGGACAGCACGGACGACGUUGUGGCCGACAGCAACACGACUACCACGACCCUUGAAGAGACGAACGAGUCUGCUGCGGAGGGCAACGCCACGACCACACCAGUCACAGACAACAACGCCACGACGACGGUGACUACGACUGUCGCGGAGGGCAAUUCAACCACGACCUCGCAGGAGAGCACCACAACGACAUCAACUACGGAGGCAGCAGCGGAGGAAGCAAACGCGACCAACACCUCCAACGCGACGAAUGGUCUGCUGGUACUUGUGAAGCGAUUCCCUCACAUCUUCGUGAUGAUGUCCUUCCGAGUGGCCUUCUUUGCAGCCCUGAUGGCCGUGGUAGCCCUUGUGUUGCAGGGUUGUUCGGACAGCACGGACGACGUUGUGGCCGACAGCAACACCACUACCACGACCCUUGAAGAGACGAACGAGUCUGCUGCGGAGGGAAAUGCCACUACGACGCCAGUCGCAGACAACAACGCCACGACGACGGUGACUACGACUGUCGCGGAGGGCAAUUCAACCACGACCUCGCAGGAGAGCACCACAACGACAUCAACUACGGAGGCAGCAGCGGAGGAAGCAAACGCGACCAACACCUCCAACGCGACGAAUGGUCUGCUGGUACUUGUGAAGCGAUUCCCUCACAUCUUCGUGAUGAUGUCCUUCCGAGUGGCCUUCUUUGCAGCCCUGAUGGCCGUGGUAGCCCUUGUGUUGCAGGGUUGUUCGGACAGCACGGACGACGUUGUGGCCGACAGCAACACCACUACCACGACCCUUGAAGAGACGAACGAGUCUGCUGCGGAGGGAAAUGCCACUACGACGCCAGUCGCAGACAACAACGCCACGACGACGGUGACUACGACUGUCGCGGAGGGCAAUUCAACCACGACCUCGCAGGAGAGCACCACAACGACAUCAACUACGGAGGCAGCGGCGGAGGAAGCGAACGCGACCAACACCUCCAAUUUAACGCUUGUGCACUACGAGGUCACCAGUCAGAGUGACUUUUUGCGCCAGUUGACGAAUGGUCUGCUGGCACCUUGUGACGUGUCUGCUGAGCAGUUGCCCAGUCUCUGCAAGCCUCCCCGAGGAUUUCCACGCAUCUUCGUGAUGAUGUCCUUCCGAGUGGCCUUCUUUGCUGCCCUGAUGGCCGUGGUGGCCCUUGUGUUGCAGGGUUGUUCGGACAGCACGGACGACGUUGUGGCCGACAGCAACACCACUACCACGACCCUUGAAGAGACGAACGAGUCUGCUGCAGAAGGCAACGCCACGACCACACCAGUCACAGACAGCAAUGCCACGACCACGGCGGCGACCUCCACAACCACUGAGGCGACGACCUCCACCACCACGGAGGCAAACGCAACUACAACCAGCGAGGCCAACGCCACCUCCAAUCAGACCCUUUUGCUGUGA